AUGACGAAGAGAGAGCUGGCAUCCCGACGCACGUGGAGCGAUGCCGCGGAGAGGUCGGGAAGGGUCCGCUCCAACGGGGCAGCCCAAGCCUCUCCGCGCGCCCUGGGCGCAAAGGCGCCGGCGAGGGACCCGGGCGGCGUGCUCCUCCGCCCUCUCCGGCCCGCCCCGCCGCCCCGCCUCCGCUCCCCGCCCCCGGCGGAGGUCAGGAACGGGAAGAGGAAGCGGCGCCGUUGCCCGCUGCGGACGGGUCCGCCCGCGAGCCGUAUGGAGCCGCCUGCGGGGGACCCCCUACUGCGCCGCCCGCUCGUGGGCAGCAGGGAGGAGGAGGCGGCGGUGGAGGGUGAGCCUCUCCUAGUGGCUGAACUGAAGCCCGGGCAGCCCCAGCCGUUCUAUUGGAAAUCCACUUGUGAGACGUGGAGUGUGGCCUUCUCCCCCGACGGUGCUUGGUUCGCUUGGUCUCGGGGCCACUGUGUUGUCACGCUGCUCCCUUGGCCUUUGGAGGAAUCUGAGCCGAGCUGCAAAGCCCGGGAGCGCAAGAGCCACUGUGCCAAAGGUGAAGCCAGGGGUCGAGGCGGGGCCAAGGAGAAGACAUUGGAGUGUGGUCAGAUUGUCUGGGGCCUGGCAUUUAGCCCGUGGCUCCUUCCCGGCUCCAGAAAGCAUGCUCCCUGCUUGGUUCUCGCUACGGGACUGAACGAUGGGCAGAUUAAAGUCUGGCAGGUGGAGACAGGGCGUUUGUUGUUCAACCUCUCAGGGCACCUAGACGUCGUGAGGGACCUGAGCUUUGCUCCCAACGAGAGUGGCUCCAUCCUUGUCUCCGCUUCCCGUGACAAGACCCUGCGUGUCUGGGACCUGAGCCGGAAUGGAAGGCAACUGCAGGUGCUGUCUGGCCAUGUCCAGUGGGUUUACUGCUGCUGCAUCUCCCCCGACGGUAACCUGUUGUGUUCGGCUGCUGGAGAGAAGUCGGCCCUCCUGUGGAGUAUGCACUCCUACAGCCUCCUGAGGAAGCUGGAAGGGCACCAGGGCUGCGUCGUAUCAUGCGAGUUCUCUCCAGACUCUGCGCUUCUUGCAACCGCCUCCUACGAUGCCUCUGUGAUCCUCUGGGACCCCUGCACAGGGGAGCAACUGAGAUCCCUCUGCCACAUUCCAUUGCAGUCCUCGUUGGACCACAGCAGUGACUACCACGCCAGCUCCUUGCGGUCCGUGUGCUUCUCCCCGGAAGGACUUUACCUUGCAACGGUGGCAGAUGACAGGCUGCUGAGGAUCUGGGCCUUGGAGCUGGGGAGCCCAGUUUCCUUUGCCCCUGUGAAGAAUGGACUUUGCUGCACUUACUUCCCACAUGGCGGAAUCAUCGCUACGGGGACAAGAGACGGCCACGUCCAGUUUUGGACCGCCCCCCAGGCCCUCUCCUCCCUCAAGCACCUGUGUCGCAAAUCCAUCCGCUGCUUCCUCACAACUUACCAGGUCCUUGCGCUGCCCAUCCCCAAGAAGGUGAAAGAGUUCCUCACCUACCGGACUUUGUGAAGCU